GCGGCUCCCCGCGUCCCGCUGAGCGAGGCCGCGCUGCACCCCGCCGGCGCUGCCCUGCGCAGGGCAGGGGGGGCCGCCUGCGCGCCGGCCCUGGGCUCUUCCCCCCACCAACCAUCCCUUUUUCUCUCCUUUUUCCUUCUUUUUUUUUUUUCCCCUCCCCUCCUGGAAAAGCAGCCGCCGCUCCCUGCGCUACCCCCCGCGGCGGGCUGGCGAGGCCGAUGCGGCCGCUAAGGGAGAGGAUAGUGGUUAAAGCUCGAGCUGGAUGGAUGGGUAUGGGGAGAGGGGCAGGAUCCACAGCCCUGGGACUUUUCCAAAUCCUCCCUGUCUUUCUCUGCAUCUUCCCUUCAGUGACGUCUCCAUGCAAGAUCCUCAAGUGCAACGCUGAGUUCUUGGCGGCCACGUCCGGCUCUCACCCCCCGGGCACGGAGGAGGCGCCCGAGUUCUGCAUGGCGCUGCGCACCUACGCGCACUGCACCCGCCGCACGGCCCGCACCUGCAGGGGUGACCUGGCCUACCACUCCGCUGCUCAUGGCAUACACGAUCUCAUGAUGCAGCACAACUGCUCUAAGGAUGGCCCCACUUCCCAGCCCCGGCUCCGGACCUUGCCCCCUGGGGAUAGCCAGGAGCGCUCCGACAGCCCCGAAAUCUGCCACUACGAGAAGAGCUUUCACAAACACUCGGCCACCCCGAACUAUACUCACUGUGGGCUCUUUGGGGACCCCCAUCUCAGGACUUUCACAGAUAGCUUCCAGACCUGCAAGGUACAAGGGGCUUGGCCGCUCAUAGACAAUAACUACCUGAACGUCCAAGUCACCAACACGCCGGUGCUGCCUGGCUCCACAGCCACUGCAACGAGCAAGCUCACCAUCAUUUUCAAGAGCUUCCAGGAGUGCGUGGACCAGAAAGUGUACCAGGCAGAGAUGGAUGAGCUGCCUGCUGCCUUUGCCGACGGCUCCAAGAACGGUGGAGACAAACAUGGAGCCAACAGCCUGAAGAUCACCGAGAAGGUCUCGGGCCAGCACAUUGAGAUCCAGGCGAAGUACAUUGGCACCACCAUCGUGGUGAGACAGGUGGGCCGGUACCUCACCUUUGCCGCACGCAUGCCGGAGGAGGUGGUGAAUGCCGUGGAGGAUAGGGACAAUCAGGGCCUCUACCUGUGUCUCCGCGGUUGCCCGCUCAACCAACAGAUUGACUUCCAGACCUUCCGCUCUGCUCAGGCCACAGAGGGCCGCACUCGUAGGAAGGGGCCCAGCCUCCCCGCCUCCCCCGAGGCCUUCACGUAUGAAACAGCCACAGCCAAGUGCAGGGAAAAGCUGCCCGUAGAGGACCUCUACUUCCAGUCCUGCGUCUUCGACCUCCUCACCACAGGGGAUGUCAACUUCAUGCUGGCUGCUUAUUACGCUUUUGAGGACGUGAAGAUGCUUCACUCCAACAAAGACAAACUGCACCUCUAUGAAAGGACACGGGACCUAGCCCCUGGCAACGCAGCUCCCUCAGGGCGUCCUCGGGCUCUCCCUGCCCUCUGGGCAGCACUGCUGUGUUUGAGUCAGUGUUGGUCAGUGUUGUAGAUGUUUACUCCCACAUGCCGCAUCGGGAAAGGGGAGCAGGAAGGGAUGACGCGACGGCGGUGCUGGACAAUGAGAGGUUGGAUAGCGGAUCCAGCUGGGAGCUAAAGGAUCGUCCUCAAAUCUCAGCCCCUCUCUUCAGUGCUAGCCCUUCCCCUUCCCAGUUCUUGCCUGGGAGGAAUGUGCUGCCCCCGGGACUGGUUAGGAGUUUUUGCUGGACCAUACCUCAUGUGGUGCUUCCUCGCUUCCUCACCUCCUCCUCCUCCUCCUCCCAGUAGUAUGGAUGUCGGGGAGCUCCUGCCUCCUCUUAGUGCUCCCUUGUGGUACUGAAAAUGCUCGUGGUGACUGUGAUGUUGGCGUUUGUGACUGUGGCUUUGUGUUAGGGGAGCUGUGCCUGCGAGGAGGCAGGACGGGGCUGGGCUUUCCACUCGCCGGGUGCUGCACUCCAGUUUUCCUGCUGUGCUGUUAAAGCGCUCAGCCCCUUCCGCAGCCCGUUUUGCAAACCCGGCUCUCGAUGUAACAUUGCUCCUUUGCAAGCACUGAUGCAAAGCGGCAGAUAGGGGCAGGACAGCAGGCAGCAGAGAGAAACAGCGCUUUGCCGGGGCUGGACUGUCCUGCUCUGGCGGCCGGCGGGCGCGAGGCAGCUUCUGGGCGCAGGGGGGAUGCGCUCAAGACCUGGCUGGUGUUUGCUGUGGUUCGAAGGGCGUCUCCUAUUUUAGCCUGUUCACUUGGCUGAUUUGCUCAGUAGGUUUUGUUCCUGGCUGCCUAGUGUCUGUGCCCAGACCCACUGAGGACUCUUGAUUGCGACAGGAGAAACCUGGCCAGUAUUCAAGCGGUUUCUUUUAACUUUCGCCCAGCACUGGAGCAGUUCCUUGUGCUGUUUGCUCUUUGCUCCCCUACAACGGGCAGCAGGGAGGCUGGUCAGAGGGGAGACCUGAUCUGCAGGUCUCCCGAGCCCCAUGCCGAUGGCGGGGCCGGUACCCCCUCCCAAGCACUCGCAAGGGAAGCCCACGAGCCAGCUGGGCCCCGGGAGCAGAGCAGAAGCUUCGCUCCCUGUUUGUUUGCUGCUAGGUCUCUAGUGCUGCUCCUCUCCUAGUCCUGGGGCCUGACUUGCUACCCCAUUUCAGAGCAGUUGCACCUUAAGCCCUGCUGGGCUUGAAUCUGAAAUGAGGCAAUGUUAGAAAUCCAGCCAGGAGACAGGAUGCAGCAGAGGACCCCCCCCUCCCCCCCCCAAAAAAGCCCCCAAAUGUCCAUUUCCUGGCUCGAAACCAUCAAUAAUCUCCUUCCCCCCACACACAGUGUAGGCUGCCCAUCUCUUCCCCAUGCUCCCCCGUGGUUCACCUCAACACUCACUGAACAAACAGCACGACCACCGCUGGUCUGCAUCUUGGAGACCUCUUUAUGGAUUUCCCCUCCUUUCCUCAGUGGGAAAUUCCCAGAAAUCAGCCCCAAACCAUGCGUCAUUCGUGGGGGCAGCUCCUGUUCUCGAGGGUGGUCUCUGGGCAUGAUGAGACAAGCUAUCACCAAAAGAGGGGGGACAGGCUACACAUUUGGCAGUCUGAACUGGUGCCAAGAGGCAGCCUGAUGUAAAUACUCAACGUGACUAUUCAGUAUGUCCUAACAGCUCUAGAGCUCCGUUUGUAAAGCAGCAGAGAAAUGCAAAGUUGUGUCAAUGGAUGUAAUUUAUAUUGUCUCUUAAAUAUAUAUAGAGCCCUGGCAUUGAUCUCGUGUGACUGUACAGAUGAAGAGAUGUAAUUGGUUUUUAAAUGUUUAAGGAAAGAAAAGAAACAAAAAGAUGUGUUUACUACUUUGCUCCUUGCUUUGUUUGCUGAUGCCCCAGGUAUUCUGUUUAGGGAGAUUUUAAAAUAAGGAUAUCACAGUUUGGAGGCACUGAGGAGACCAGCCACUGGAUCGUGGCACUGGAUGGUUUAAUGCUGCACUGGGCAACAACUUCCCAAUGCACUAAUCGCUUAGCUGAGGGCAGGCCUUUUUGUUUCCUUUCCUAAAUAAAGAGCCAAGCUUUUGUCUCCCCUAGAAAUUGGAGAUGCAAGUUUUGAAAGCCAAAAUUUGUCACUGGAUAAAAGGAGACAUUUGCUUCUCGCCCUGUCACCCCGUAGAUAACCCCGCUAGGCGAAGCAUCCCUCUGAGGAGACGGCCCUUCUCCAAAGCGGGCUGAGCCAGGCGGCAGCGUACUAGUGGGUCAGUACUUCCCAUACAACCUCUGCUUCCUAAGCAGCAGUCACGCUAAGGCAUGUCAUGCUGUGGUUUUGGGCUGAUUUCCAGCCCAGAAAGUCUACCAUUAUCUCACAGCCCAGUGCCCCUCUCCAGGUGAGCGCUUCAGUGGUGGUCAGCUGUAGUACAACGGUUGGGGUAUCCCUAUUUUAAAAGCAAACAGUGAAGCACUUUAUUUGAGUUGUGUUUGACCCAGUCCUGGUUAAAGGUGAAGUGUGGCCAAGACAGACCUGAUACUUGGAAACAACAACAACGAAAAAAAUACAUAGGCAAGGGGGAGGGGGGUGUUACGAGAAGAAGGUUCCCCACCUCCUCCCUGCGUUCAGACCCACAGGAGUGUCACUGCAUGUAUAUACUGUAAAUUAUUUAUUGAGAGAAAUGCAAGUAAAGUUUGAGGGUUUUUGACAAUAAAUUAGUGGGUCUCUUUUGUUCCCUG